UCUCGUGGUACCGGGCCCACAACUCCUGAAAUCGCCGAUCAUGCUGGUGAGCAAGAAGGUGAAGCGCCUCUUGCAGCUGGUGCCUGGGAAGCAGCGCUUCGGCGUUUACAGGUUCCUGCCCUUCUUCUUCCUCCUCGGGGGAGCGAUGGAGUGGUUCAUGAUUAACGUCCGUAUUGGCAAGGAGACGUUUUAUGACGUUUACCGUAGGAAACGGUCUGAAAGACAGUAUGAGGCGAGGAUGGAAAAAAAUGAAUUUUAGCUGAAACAUUUCAAGGUGGAUGUCCUGAAUUCUGCGAUCAUAUUAAUAUCAAAGAAACAUUACUGCCAUGGGAAUGG